GCAAUGAUAUGUCAGUGUGUUUACAGCUUACUCUACUGCCCCCAAAUGGCCAAAAAAACAAAUCAAUUAAUGCAGCGUUAAGAUUUAAUUCCAGUGGAUUUGGCGACACCUGUGGUGACUGGUAGUAACUGCAAGUGUGCUUUAAUAGUACAGGCUACCACAGCUCUGCUGUCCAUAAAUAAUAUCCAAAAUGGGGUUUGAUAUGAUAAAAAAUCUAAAGGAUUAUAACUUUAACAUUAUAUUAGUUUUGGGUUUCAUUUUAAAGGUACAAUGUGGUGUUUUCAGCAGAAAACGUUACGGUUUCGUUUACAUUCAACAUUUCCUUCUUGUGCAAUUAUUGAUGCAUUUCUCACCUUAUGUAAAACCUUUACAAAGCCUUUUUGAAUGUUCUGAAAUCGGCAUCGUUUACAUCAGCUCAUUACAUCAGCUUACAAACAAUGUUCAGUGGUUAAAAAUUCCUCAGGGUACCUUUAAAUUUGAAAUAUUGUAGUCAAUGGAAGGUCACCACAGUUAUACAACAUGUGUGUGAGAGAAAAACAGAGACACCCUGUCCCCUGGCGUGGGACACCUCUGUAAACUGAUAUCUGGAGGGAGAAAGGAGACAGAGAAGAGGAGGAAUGUAUGAUAAGAAAAACCAGGAAGGGACUGAGAAGAGGUCAGGUGGAAAGAGGUUGUAAAGUAACAGGAGAACAUUACAUAACAGUCAGUGACUAUUGUAAGAUUAGGAACAUAAAACAUAAAACACACAAAUACCUGAUGUUAAUCACUGUUGUCCAGUAUGACAAAGGAGUACUGUCUCUUAACCUCCACCACACCCUCUCCGCAGUGACCCUGAUUUGAACAAUACAGCCAGAAGUAAAUCCAUGACAAGAUCCAGCAGGCCUACAGCCUGGACACUGUCCUGAACGUCUGCCCUGUUUCCAAACAACAUUCUUGUCUUUGGGUUUGUGAAGGGGAUCAAUUCAAAAGGCUCAAGUCCAAAUGAAGUCACCGAUGUUAAACUGUCAGGUUAAAGUUGGAGGUGUUUUCUGAUUUUAUCAAGUCAAAUCUGAAGUCAUCAACUUUGUGAGUCCAGCAGCAGUCCACUUGCAAUCUUUGUCUCGUCUUAAAUUCUGGGUUGAAAUAAUAAAAUCCUGGUCUGAAUUCAGUCAUUGUAGCAGCUCUGUGAGGCUGCACUUAGGCACAGCAGUUUAGCAGGUAUACUAUGUUUACUAUCUAGACUAUCUUGGUGGUAAAUGAAAAGUCAUUGGGAUGCAUUGUCAGGGAACCUCGACUGUCUGUACAACAUUUUGUCUUGAUCCAUUUCAUGUUGAGAUAUUUCACUGAAUCAGUGAAAACUUUGACCUGCUGUUGCUAGAGGAAAAGCAGGUAAAAGAAGACGGCACCAAGUUUUUAUUGAUGCAACAUUUUGACCCGCAAGCUCUUAGGAACUUGCAAACAUCAGUGGGUGGACAGCCUCUCCUUUUCCUUUGUUGCUCUUUGUCUAGCAUCUGCACCGUACUAGUGUUGGAUGUGCACACUAUCCAUCUUUUUUGAAAGUCAGAACGUCACCAAAGUCAUUAGGAGCCAAACUCUGGACACUAUGAAUAUCUUCCAAAUUUCAUGCCAAUCCAGACAUUUCACUAAAACACAAAAAUAUCAACCUCAAGGUGGUGCCAGAGGAAAAGUCAGGGGAUCACCAAUGUCAGUUAGGCUUCAUCUUCUGGGGAACAUGAAUGUCUUUACAACAUUUUAUACAGUUCAACAGUUGUAAUAUUUCAGUGAAAGUGAACCAAAGUGGCGGACUCAUCGACCGACACUGCAAUCUGUUGAACCUCUAGAGUAGCUAAAAGGAAAUGAAUCACUAAAAAUACUUGGAAAUUCUCUUCUUACAUGUCUUUUUCACUGAAAUCUACCCAGAUUAUAUAACAGGUCAGGCACGCACACACACACAAACGCACGCACACACACACACACACACACACACCUCUGGUACCUACGACACAAUGGACAGGGUUGCUCUCUUUCAAGAUUGUCCUCUUUCUCUUCUCUCUGUCUCUUGUCUCUCAGAAGAGAAACAAUCUGGUGCAGGAUGAGAGGGUCGAGCAAUCAGCAGAGAAAGACAUAUCCAUUUCAUUCCCACUUUCCUGUGAGUGUGUGUGUGUGUGUGAGAGUGUGUGUGUUGUAGCUGCAGGCUAUCUCAGGGUGUCAAAACAGUCUCUACUGUGUCUUGUCUUUUCUUUUCACAAACAAAAACACAUUCUUCAGCAUGGACACCUAUCACAAUACGUCUUUCCCAAAGCUCAAAGGUGGAUCAUAGACUCAACCUCAUGUUUUGUCAUUAAUAACAAGCUAAAUGUGUUCAGUCUCUCUUAAGCUACAUUCAAAGUAUUUUACAAUCUAAUCCCAUAGAUUGUCUUCUUUCCAUAUUAUGAUAAAAUAAUUCAAACGGCAGUGAUUCCCUCUGGCCUGCAGGGGGUAACAUUACACCCCCGGCACCAUCUGCACACUUGUAAAAACUCCAGUGCCUGUCGGACAGCUGACUACUGGACUUGUCUUAGCAAGAAAAGCCCAGGUGGAACUAAUAACAUUAACGAGGGCUCAGUUCCAUUUUAGUGUCCCAGGAAGCCGAACUGCUGAGCAAAUGAACCAAACAUGGCAGGUGAUUUCACUCACAAGUUGGGCUAGGAAUUACAUGAAGCCACUCAACUCUUAUAAAAAUAAUAGCAGGAGAGUGACGGAGAUGUACACACCCACACAGUCCUGAGAGGACAUCUAAUUAGACAAAAUAAUUCAAGUCACCUGUGUGGGUUCACCUACAGGGCUUUUAAUGCAACAAUAAUCCAACAAAUUUCCACUUAACAAACUACUGUAAUGAAAUUUAAAUGUAAACCAGACAACAGUGUGAAUGAAGAUGUCAUAUUACAUAAUAAUAAGUUGAAUUUUCAUUAUUUAUUGUUUAUAUUUUUCUGUAUUUUGAUAGAUACUUUGUUACAUAGUUAUAUACAGAGGUGAAAAAAAAGGAACCAGAUAUUUUACUUAUAACAUUGUGCAAAUAAACUGUUACAAGUAAUAUUCCUGCAUUCAAAACUAAAUAAACGUAUUAGUAUUAUCAGCAAAAUGUUCUUUAAGUAUCAAACGUAAAAGUGAUAAUUAUGAAAAAUGGCUCCACUCUACUUUAUAUCAUAUUACUGAAUUACUAUUACAGAUGCAUUAAUGUGUAAACAGCAUUUUAUUGUUGUAGGUAAUAGAGGUGAAGCUAAUUUGUCUGAACUUGUUGGACACCCUCACAAAUCAUCUUGUUUUUAGAGCCUGAUCAUAUGUUCUGUAUAUAAAAUGUGAAUCUGCAAAGUAACUGUAGCUGUCAGAUAAGUGUAGUGGAGCAUAAAGUACAAUAUUUCCCCCAGAAAUGUAGUGGAGUUGAGGUAAAAAGGUGCAUAAAAUUGAAUUUUUUUAGUAGAAGUACCUUAAAAUUAUACUUGAAUCUACUUGUGUAAAUGUACUUUCAACCAUAGAUAAUAUAUUAAGAUAGGAUCUGACAAAAAAUUAUAUCUGCAUAUUUUAUUUUAUUUACUAAGCUUUAUUUAACAAACUAAAGUAACUAAAAUACAAAAAAACUAAAUACAAAAACUCAGACAUAUAUAAUAUACAAUAAAUACAAUAAGGGGAAAUUGCUGAAAAAAGAAUUAGAUGCUAGAGACUUUGUGAUGCUUGGCGAUGCUUUUUCAAUGUGCUUCAAACAUUCUUGACCUCUUUAUCAGGUCUUUGAUUUCAAUGUAUAUUUUUAAUAAGAUAAUUCAAACAAAAAAACUUGAAAUGUGGGGUAGAUUUGCAAAAUUGCCUAAUAAUAUAACUAAAUUAAUCAUAUUUUUUGGGAGAAAGGAAUACUGCCUCUAAAUAUUUCUCCACAUCUUUCCAAACUUCAGCAAAAAUUCACCACAAGUGUAUUAACUCUUCUUCUUUCUUUCAAUAAAUGUUAUCUAAGUCAGUAAAUCUUCCAGUCAUACUGUUAAAGGGAUAUAUUUUGGAUUUUUAAAUGAAUUUCUUAUUUUUAUGUAUAUAUUCAGCCAGUCUGCAUUCUCUGUUAAAGCUGCACUAGAAUGAAACUCCAUCCCAGCGACUAUUAGAGAACUGGACACAUCUGGUUUAUUUAGAGCUCAUUUAAAGAAAUGGUUAAUUAGUACUCAGCUCUGUCAGCACUAAAACUCAAUUGCACCUUACUGUCCUCAGUCUGCCUGUGCUGAACUUCCCUUGCUGUCUGCUGUCACCUGUUGCUAUCAUACUAUUGCCAGCCUGCCCUCAUGUAGCUGCAUGUAUGUCUUAUGUCUGUUAUUCUGCUUUGCAUGUUUCUGUUAGUGUCUAAUAAUGCGGCAUAAUGUGGCCUUAUUAACAUUAAUAUUAAUGUUUAUUUCAUGUUUGUUUGUUUUUUAAAUGGUCAAAUCUAUUUAACAGUUAAGUCAUUUUUUUAUUAACUAUUCAUUAAAGUAAAGAUUGUAGAUUCCUUACCGGCCUUAUUAGCUUACAACCAUGAGUGACUGUCCCAUUUUACCUUACCAGCUGUCCCAUUUUACAUGACGAUGUUAUCAGAGUGAGGUCCUGGUUCUUGAUGUGUUUGAAGGUCCAGAGUUUCUAAAGUAUUUUAUUUGACAACAUAUUUUCUUUACAGAAAUAUAGCAGAGAUACAUAACAAAUCCUAAAAGUAACACUUAAGCUAGCUUUCAGAAUUCUAGGGUUUCUUGGUAAUCUACCAAAAAGUGUCCCACAUUACUUAACUUCAUCCAUUAUAUUUUAUGUUUGGGGCGUGCUCGUUAUUUGACGCCACGGGGGCGGGGCUUCACUGAAUAUUCAUUGGCGUGCGGGAGAGACACCGCACGCCAGGAGAGAGGCUGCUGCUGCUGCACGCACACAGCUGGAUGGAUAGCUGCGUCUCCGCCGAGAAGGAUGUGAAUUUUCCGCAUUUUCAAGUUUGUCACUAUAAGAAAGCAGCGGCUGGACUCGGCUCGACUCACGGGUGGUGUAAAUAACGACUGGACCCUAAACACAGCACGUCUGAAAACAAACUGCUUCGUUUUAAUGAGCUGAUUUUAAGAGAUUUGACCAGAGAGCGACUGUCCAUCCGUCCGGUGAGCUGCAGACAGACACAGACAGCAAUGAUGGAGUCUAUCUUAGACAGUUUAACCGCAGAGAAACUCUAUCCGUCCGGAGGGACCAACCUGUUGGACCUGGAGGAACUCAGCGACGGAGAUUUCCUCACUAAUGUGCCUUUCUCAGGUGACCAGAUGGACGACUUCAGCAGCGAAUUAUUCAGCAGUUUCUUCGAGGACCAUCUAUUAGAGCGACCCCUGCUGGCAGACAGAUCUUCACUUUUACACAUGGACAUAGACAGCAGCCCAGAUAUUCAAGCAGAGCACAGCUACUCUUUGAGUGAAGACUCCGCCCCCCAGAGCCCAGCCCUGUCAAUCAAAAUGGACCAAGAGUCCGAGUUUGAAUGGAGCUUCAGUCAGGACCUGUCGGCCAUCUUGGUGAAACAGGAGGAGCCAGAUGUGGGUCAAAGGUUAGAUCCGCAGCCUCUGGAGGGCCCGCCUCUCAUAUUAAGCCCUGCCCCUCCGCACAGAGGAUCGCCAUGGAAACACACGGAGCGCAGUCAAGACGAUGUGAAGCCAGUAGCGAUAAAAGAUGAGCCCAGAGAGAUUGGACAGUACCUCAGCCUGCCCAGCGACGACGCUCUCCAGCUCCCGCCCACUCCUCCCAGCAGUAACCAUGGCGACAGUGACGGCUCCCUCCCCCCUUCCUCCCCACACCUCCCUCUGCCACCGUCUUCCCCUCAACCACAACAGAGGCCAGGAGGUCGUGCCUCCUCUUCCUCCUCCUCCUCCUCUUCCACAGCCAUCUCCUCCUCACCUCUCCUCACUGCUCCACAUAAGCUGCAGGGUUCAGGACCCCUCAUGCUCACAGAAGAAGAGAAGAGGACCCUGGUUGCGGAGGGUUACCCAGUCCCUAACAAACUUCCUCUCACCAAGAGUGAAGAGAAGGCACUGAAGAGAGUCCGACGAAAGAUUAAAAAUAAGAUCUCAGCUCAGGAGAGUCGGAGGAAGAAGAAAGAGUAUGUGGAAUGUCUGGAGAAAAAGGUGGAGAGUUACACGUCAGAAAACAGCGACCUGUGGAGAAAAGUAGAAAACCUGGAGACUGCCAACAGAUCUCUCCUACAGCAGCUCCAGAAGCUUCAGUCGUUGAUUUCAGGGAAAGUCGUUCCCCGUUCUUGUAAAAUGGCCUCAACUCAAACAGGGACAUGCCUCAUGAUGAUGGCGGUGUGUUUUGUCCUGGUGUUGGGCUCCUUCUCUCCCUGCCUCUCUCCCUUCUACUCCCUCGCUCACAGCUCCUCUUUGUCCUCUUCCUCCUCCUCUAACUCCCCCUCCUCCUCUCCUUCUCCUCAAUCAGCGGACCUCUACACCACCAGUCAGGUCCGUUCCCGCAGCCUGCUCUUCUAUAACGAGGGGGCUCCACUGGAGGAGACUUCAGUGACAUCAGAAGGGGAGCGGCUACAGUCAGAAGGCCACUCUCACAUCCAGACAAGCCGUUACACAGCUGACGCCCACAGCAACCAGACAACUGGGCCCAAGUUAGACCGCAGAGAAACAAAGCCAGACGGAGUUUCAGAGUUUUUCUGACAGACAGCCUGACCCUUCCUCCCAUGACUUCUCACCUCAGACCCCUAAAACCCCCCCCUCCCGCCCCCCCAGAACCUUCAGACUGCUAAACUCAGCGGGCAUGUGAUCCACUUCGCACCAUAUCAACACUUCCAACUGGACCAAAACCUGUGUCUGCAUUAUUCUGUCAUCCAACCAUCAUCUUCCCUUUUUAGUGAGUGACUUCAUCUCUUUCAAGACAUCCGACACUGCAGUCGUCAAAUCCUCCUUCAGCUGAUGUCCUGCCUGUAACUUGUGCUUCAACUCUCUGCUUAAUCCUGAAUAUACUUGAUUUUAAAGGGACUCUGAUUAAAUCUCAUUGGAAUUUCAAUCUUUAUGCAUUGAAAUUGCAUACUGGAUAAUUUUAAAUAUAAUACUAAUCCAUUCGUAUUUAGUUUAGACAAAAAUGGAGAGUAUUUAGUUUAAAAUUUAUAAGAAUAUUUUAAAGAUACGUCACCUAGGAACACAUAGGGCCUUAAAUAAAGAGCCUCUAGACAUUAUAACUUAAAGAUGCAUUGUGUAGCAUUUUAAUAUAACUAAUUCACCCCCAUAAACUACUCGAUACACAUAAACAAUGUCAAAAAAGUCCCCCCAAAAAUUUGUAGCAUCCACAGCCGCUUCUAGAGCUUCAUCCUUGCUUUCUCUUCAAAACAACGGAAAGCAACAUCCUUUUUGCAAGAGUAAGCAAAGAGCCUCAUGGGAAAUGCGGUUUUAAUAUUGAGAAACGUAAAAUGAUACACGUUGCACCUUUAAGAAACAGAAGUAUACUGUAUAUUGACCUCGACUGUGUGAUUCUAGUUUAUGUUAGCACAAGGUGCUUGCAUUUUAUUUCCAAGGCACUCCAGAUGCACUACAUGGGAUCAGUGCACCUGAAUGCAACUUGUGUUGCGACUAACAACUAGAAAUAAAACUAAAAACUAGACAUGCUGAUGUAAAUAAAUGCAUCCUUUUUAAAAGGAAGUUGUGCCGUUCAAGUGCCUUUCACUCACCUCAGUCAAAUAUGACCAACUUGGCCUUACAUGUAAUGCCCAUAUAUGGAAGUAUAAACCUGGAAAUGUAACUGUAACUACAUUACACACUUUGUGUUUGAAGCAGGGCUGGCCUCAGCCUUUUGGUUGCCCUGGUUUAGAUUUUGUCAUUUCUCCAGUCCUUGUUUCCUUCAACGCAUCAUAAACAAGCUGAAUGUUCAGGAUUUAUCUUUGCAAAGCAUUUUAUUUAACAGGCAAAUGUCUCUAAUUGUGGGGCAAAGUAGUAAAAGCUUUUUAGGUGGGGACUUCUGGACAAGAAGGCCAAAUUGGCCACCUAUGCCUCAUGAGCUGUGAGUUACAACUUAGCAUUUAAUGAGUUUUCCACUUCUUGAAUCAAUCUUCGAAGUUAAAGUUAGUUUUUUUAUCACUUCCAAAUCUUGCAUCAUUUUGAAGGGAGACCAUAUUUUCAUAAAGGGGUUCUGACAGAGGUUGGGAAACAUGACAUAAAAGUAUUUUUAUGAAAUUUAAAUUGUAUAUAUAAUAUAUUUGCAGCAUCAAAAAAGAGCAUAUUUAAUUUAUGCAACAAAAAAAAAAAAUAAAUGUACUGAACUUGUUUUUAAGGUUAGUUUAUUGUGUCUUGUUUUUCUAAAUAAUGUUUACAAAACACAAAAAAUACAACUUAUAAUAUAUUCUGAGCAUCAAAAAAGAGCAUAUUUAUUUUAUGCGAGAAAAAAAAAAAGCAAUUGUUUGUUGUGUUUUGGCAUUUAGGAUGAUGUGAAGGUUUACAUGAUGGUGUGUAGUUUACAUGCUGUUCCAUGGAGUGUAAAACUUUGACAUGAUCUGUCUGUCUGUUUACUGUAAUACAGUGUUUAUGUUUCACUGCUGUCGCUUGAAAACCUUUUUUUUUUUUUUUGUUAUUCCUUCAUGAUUUAAAAAUGUCAUGGAUUUAAAAAUCUUAAUUUUUUUACCCUCAACCUGUAGUUUUGGACUUGUAACGAUCUUUUAUUGACCCCCCAAAACCCCAAAAUUUAUAACAAACCAACUGCAAAUUGAGAAAUUGACAAUAAUGCUUAAAUUAAGAUAUUAUUCUGUCAUAUUUGCAUCCUGUAACCUGUGACCAAGAAGCAGAGGAAACAUCUCAACAUUGAUGCUAAAUGUGCUCAUGCGACAGCAGUGUAUGUUGUAUUUAUUCCUGUUUGUAGAAAGUGUGUGUAUAUAUUGAUGAAGCCAAUCAGGGGACUAUUACAUUCCAGGAAGUAAAACACCACUAGCUUUGUUCUCUCCACAGUUUAAAGGAACACCUUUAGGACAUUUUUUUUUAAAAAAAAGUCUUUAUUUCUUGACCACUAUUCUGACAACGAUUUUAAAUGUUGUGAUAUUCCUUCAAACAGACAUUUCGCUGCCCCGGUCCAAAUCUGUAAGGAAAUAAUUACAUCACUUCUGACUCAAACACUCAAGACAUCCUACUUUGAUUUACAAAAACUCGCAAUUAACAGAUUUCCUGCUUUUCUUAUGUGUCUCUGUAUCUGUUUCAUUUUGUGUCCCUAAAUGUUUGGUUUGAUAUAAUCUGUGAUACAAAACAUCAUGUGACUGCAGCCCGUUGCGCAAACAUCCCGUCAUUCUCACCCCCCAACAGUCUUAAUGCAUCAGUGUACAUAAAUAAUGACAACCUAAUGUGCAGUUGUUGUAAAUAAGGGCCUUGUUUUUUGUAUUGUGACAUAUUCCAAGAUUUUAACCUGUGGAAUCAUGUGGGAAAGGGAAAAAAGGGGAAUAAAUUUGGGUGGAAAAGGGGGAAGGAAAAAAAAUUUAAAGUGGGGAGGGAUUUAAAAGAAAAUGAGGGAGGGUCACUUUUUCCACUUGUAAAGAAACCUGGACGACACAGUAGCUAAACACAGUUUGAAUAGUUGUAAAACAUCAAGGAGUGCUUGAUUAUUCUGACCUCAAAAUGUCUGAAUGGCCUGAGAGAAUAAUCAAGCACUUUGCAGGGAGUUCAGUUAUUUGAAAUGUGUUUGGAUACGUUGGUGUUGUAUCGGGUUUGUUGUAUAGCGUCUUGCAUGUUCCUCCAUAUAUUACUAUGUUAUCUUAGUGUAGUCAGUAGAGUAGAAACCAGCAAAAUAUUAAAAAACUGCAUCAGCAA